ACGAACCAAACAUCCGUGAAGCAAAUAUCAAAGGCACAACCGGAUUAUAAAUUAAGUCUACAGCUGUUCUUUUGUACAUUAAUUCUCUUUUUCGCGGCCGUAAUGUCUGACGAGGAGGAAGACUAUAUGUCUGAUGCAUUUCUCAGUAAAAUACAAGAUGUGAAGCCAGGUGUCAACAUGGUGAGGCGGGUAAAAGAGGCAAUGAAGAAGGAGUCACGACAAAAGGAGAUAAACAUUAAAAACCGGCAGAAGACCUUCAAGGAGCAGGAGAAGGAAAGCAGAGAGGCAGCUUUACAAAACACCAUCAGCAAUGAGAACAAAGGAUUUGCACUUCUGAAGAAAAUGGGUUACACAGCUGGUCAAGGCCUCGGAAAGGAGGGUACAGGAAGGGUUGAUCCAAUUCCUCUAAAUAUCAAAACCGACAGAGGUGGCAUUGGAAUGGAAGAGAUGAAGAAAAGAAAAGCAGAGGAGGAACUUGAACAUUAUCGUCAGAAAGUACGAGCCAAGCAACAGAAUGAGACCAAAUCUCUGGAAGAUUUUAGGUCAAGAGUAAGGACAGAGAGAGAGGAGCGAAAGAUUGAAGGAGAUCUCAAAAGGAGUCAGCGAGCCUGUGAGCAGCUGGACAGUCAGAAGGGCAUCACUGCCCCCAGGGAAGACUGGUACUGGCCUAAAGCAGAGACUGAUGAGGAGGAAGAUGCGCUUAAGGAGGAGGAGGAGGAGGAGGAAGAGGAGAUUGUGGAAUUAACUUCCUUUGACAAACUACAAAUUUUGACAUCCUAUUUAAGAGGAAUCCAUUUUUACUGCAUAUGGUGUGGGACUACCUAUAAUGACGAAGAGGACUUGUGCUCUAACUGUCCUGGGGAUACAGCAGCAGACCACGACUGAAGUUACAAUUUGCGCAUUAGGUCCUAGCGAAAAAGCGGUAACAGAUGUUUGACCCUAGAAACGUUAUACAUGGAAGUGAGUGCAGCAUUUUAUAAUGGGAAACAGGGUCGUCACACUUGGCUUUGAUAAGCAAUUGAUGCAAUUAGGUCAUCAGAAGUGGAGGAAUAUUUAUUUAUCAUGUUCAUGUGAAUCUGUUGUCUAUCUCUGGAGGCACUCUCUGUUUAUAGACCCUAACCCUAUUUUGGGGUUGCAGUCUUGAUUUUUCUUUACAUUUACAAAUCCUGUGGAAAUAUAGGGUACCUUUUAAUGUUAAUAUUUUGAAAAGAUGUGCAGAGUUUUUUAAGACAUGUUUCAAGAGCAAUACCUUUGUUUUCAUUAAAUGUUUAAGAAUCAUACCUUGUAUUUUCUUUUUAUCUGUUGUUUUACUUGAGCUACUAUGAUACAAUAAAUUACAUUGGGUUUUAUUUACUUAACAAAAUGUAGACACUAAACUUCCUGACUCUUUAAUCUGACAUUCCCAUUUUGCCUUUGUGUUUAUGUGCUGCUCAGUUUUGAGUUUAUGUGGGUCUUAAAAUUAUUAUUUUAGUAUCCUCUGGUGUCACUGCUGAAUUUCAAUACCAGCAGAAUAUUAUUCUGUAUCUGAUAAGCAUAUCAGUAAAUACACAAUAGUUGCCUUUUCUUGCUUGUUUGAAAAGUCGUACGACACUUGUGACGUGAAAGUUACCUAAAUGUGUCUCUGAAUCAUGAUACAAAACACUUUUCUCUAUGAGAAGAGGACAUCUACUACUUGCUGGACAGUCACUUCCUCAGCCAUUUUUUUCAUUAAUAUUUAU